AUGGAAAGUAAAAAAUUUGAGAGAAAUAAUUUCUUUAAAAUAAUUCACGAUGACAAAAAAUUUGAAACAAAUUAUGUGACAAAUGAUUCAUGUGGAGUACCUGUACUCUUUGAAAAUCGUUCAGACAAAUUGGGAAUCCAGCUCGGAAAUGAAAAAUAUACUGAUUUUACAGUAUUAAAAAUAUUAUCCGAAUUUUCUUACCGUAAAUGUUAUUGUAGAUGA